AAGAAUAUUAUUAUUAACUAUACAAAUUUGCAUCUCUUCCAUAUAUAACAAGAGAAGAGCUACACCAGUACAUCAACACAUUAUGGAUUACUCGGAGAGAGUUAACUCCAAACAAGGCGCAGGUGGAAUAGCCGGCCGAGAAGAAGCCAAUAUUCACACAAAAAAGAGAAUUCAAGAUUUAUUGGCAACUCAAGUACUAGAUUUGGAACAUGACCCAUACGUGUUUCGAAACCAUCUUGGAUUAUUGGAAUGUAAAUUAUGUUUAACAACUCAUGUAAGUGAAUCAUCAUACAUCUCACAUUUAGGUGGGAAAAAACAUGGAUUAAAUCUUGAACGAAGACGAUUGUUAGAUGAAAAGUAUAAUCACAAUCGAGAACUUAAUGCUAAAGUUGCAAAUUUAGUUUCAAUUAAUAAUACAGAAAAGCGUCAAUGGAAGAAAAUAGGUAAACCGGAAUUUAAUCUCUCCAAAAUAAGAGAUCCUGAUUCCUUACAGGUAGGAUUAUUACUUCAAAUUAAUUUUCCUAAAAUAACUACCGAAGAACCACUCUUUCGAUUUAUGUCAUACUAUGAAUUAUCUAAUAAAAAUCAAAAUGUAAUCAUAUCAUUUUUAGAUCGAGAGUCUGAUUCUGAAACAGAAAACAAUGAAGACAAAGAUAAAGAUCCUAAUUCUUAUCAAUAUUUGGUUAUUUCUGGAGAACCUUAUGAAAAUAUAUGUUUAGCCAUACCAAAUGAUAAAGAAAUUGAUAAACCCUCCGACAUAUCAGACAUGUCCAAAUCUUAUUGGUGGUUUUGGGAUACCGAUUCUAAAGAAUUCUUUCUACAGUUUUUGUUUAAAUAAUUACUAAUUAAAUAAAAAUAAUAAUAGUAAUAAUAAUCAUUAUUAUUUAACUAAUUUAAUUAUUUAACAUUUUAUUCCAUAUAGAGUUGUAUAGUUAAUGAAUUAAUGAGUGCAUAUUAUGAGUUUCCUGUAUAUGGCCGGAUUUUUCCCCCAGAAAUCAUCCACUUUCGGAUGUGAAAAAUCGAAGUUGCCGAAUAUAGGAAAAGGUUAAUACUAAUGGUAAA